AUGUCUCGCCGUGGUGUUGGUAUCGGGGCCUUUGCGAAUCGAACUCAAACAACUCAGUCAUGGGCCACUCAUGGCGCGAACCUACGCUCUACGCAUACUGCCUCCUUACAGACCCAAUUGUCAGUGUUCCAGUCACUGCUUCAUACCUUCGCCCUCGAACAUAGCUCCACAAUCAAAUCAAAUCCCACCUUCCGGGCAGAGUUUGCGCGCAUGUGUAAUACCAUCGGAGUCGACCCUCUCGCUGCAAGGAAAGAAUGGCCGUCGAGGACUGGGGGAGGGGGCAGCUUCUGGACCCAAAUUCUGGGCGGUGAUAUGAACGAUUUCUACUUUGAAGUCGCUACUCGCGUUGUGGAAUUAUGUAGGGAGACAAGGAGCGAGAAUGGUGGAUUGAUCGGCGUUGAGGAGUGCCGCAAGAGAGUGGGAAAGGGCAAGGCGAUCGGAAGUGGGCUCGAGGUUUCAGAUGAUGAUAUUCUACGUGCUGUUCGAUCGCUUGAGCCUCUCGGAUCUGGGUUCUCCAUUGUUAGCGUCGGCAGCAAGAAGUACAUUCGGUCGAUUCCAAAAGAGCUCAAUACUGACCAGGCCACCGUCCUGGAGGCUAUACAGGUUCUCGGUUAUGUGAGCGUCUCAAUGCUGCGGCUCAACCUAAAAUGGGAGAAGGCUCGGGCACAAACUGUCAUUGACGAUUUACUUGCCGACGGCCUGGUGUGGUUGGAUGCUCAGGGGCCUGAGAAAGAAUAUUGGUCACCUCAAAACCUCCUAGAUGAUAGUGGAUGA